AUGUCAACGACACGAGGCCAAGGCUCUAAGAAAUCUUCUGAGAAGAUGUCAAAGACACUGAGUCCUAGCCCUCCAAGGAGUAACGCACCUUCCAAGACAAGUGGAAGGAAGAAAAAGAGAGGCUUCAAGAAAAAGCGAAACCCAACAGUCCACGCCGAGCUUCAGAAGGCCCAUGAGAGCCAGCCCUCGAAGCCCAGUGAAGAACAACCCCAAAUACCUGACGAGUCUUCAUCGGUAGCUCCAGCUCAAGUCGAUGCAAAGCCCGUGGCGGAAGUUGCUCUCAAGAGGUAUCCUCAAUUCGGAAACCUGGCUUACGAACUAUAUUUGCGUCCUCCGUACAGCUAUUCACAGUGGACGACGGUAUAUAGUCCUCCAAAUGCGGGUUCCAGUUCUGUUUCGAUGCAAAAGAAUGCGAAAUCUCCCUCACGGUCAAGCGGUCCUAGAAUACAUCCCCAAUUUGGGUCUCUGGACUUUGACUUGCAUGUGCGGCCGCCAAGUGCCAUUAUUCAGUCAGAACUACCAAGCGAGUCUUCGAUGCCUAAGGUAGUCGAUUCUUCUUUGAAGAAUGAUAACAUGCCCGAGGUUUCCAAUUUGGAGGAUAACACCUACCCUACGGUGGAAGCUCAACAAGGGGACGAACACUGGCAAUCGGAACAGUACACCCCGACUACUGAGCCUCCACCUUACGAUCAUGGGGGCUAUUCCGGUUAUCCCGACUACGAAGAGUAUGGAUACAACUCAUAUAAACAUGAGCAUUAUGACUACGAGUCUCAAGAACACACUUGGCAGUGGAAUGACUAUUACCACUGGCCACAAUAUGGACAGCCUUACCAGAAUUACAUGUACACGUACCCAGCUCCGUCCCUGGUUUACUGGAAUCAGUUUCCAGUAAACGGUGCACCAUAUUACGGCCAUAGCUCACAGCAGUCUUAUUCCUCUCGUACAUCUCGCAUUUCGACUUUGAGUGCACUAGCAUCGGAAUUCAGGCCCAGAAUCCAGAAAUCGUGA